AUAGUAGCUGUCCUCGUAACGGCGGUGCUGAACAAGAUGGCUGUGCGGCGGUUCAAGAGAGGCUAACAAGACGAAAAAAUCACCGUUUGCCCCCGAAGAACAGCGAGGACUUAUGUAGAAACGACACUCUAGACAGUCGACGUUUAAAUUUCAACUACUUGCUCGUGUUAUAUUUGGUCAGUGAGUUCUUUAUUUCGAUUGAAAACGUGUCGGCUCUGAUUUAACGGUCCUGUCAACGUAAAGCGUUAAAUAUAUUUCUCUAUUCUGUAAAGCAUCAAAACCGCCAACAUAGAUUAUAAACAGCUGAAAGAGAUGUCACUGUUGUGUGUUGGAGUGAAAAAAGCAAAGCUAGAUGGACCACAAGAGAAAUUCAACACCUAUGUGACACUUAAGGUGCAGAACGUGAAGAGCACCACCAUUGCUGUGCGAGGCAGUCAGCCAUGUUGGGAACAGGAUUUUAUGUUUGAGAUUAACAGGCUGGAUCUGGGCCUGACUGUGGAGGUCUGGAACAAAGGCUUGAUCUGGGACACCAUGGUGGGCACGCUGUGGAUCCCUCUAAGCAGCAUUCGCCAGUCCAAUGAGGAAGGGCCAGGGCAAUGGAUGACUUUAGACUCAGAUGUCAUCUUGGCAGAAAAUGAGAUCUGUGGUACUAAAGAUCCAACUUUCCACCGUGUGCUUCUGGAUACGCGAUUUGAGCUGCCUUUAGACAUUCCAGAGGAGGAGGCUCGCUACUGGGCCAAAAAAUUGGAGCAGCUAAAUGCCAUGAGGGACCAAGAUUAUUCAUAUCAGGAGGAGCAUGAGAGACCACUUCCUGUGCCAUCAACACAAUGCUGUAACUGGAGUCUAUGGGGAGACCAACAAAAUGAUGAUCCAGACAGUGCAGUGGAUGAUAGAGACAGUGAUUACCGAAGUGAGACGAGCAACAGCAUCCCUCCUCCCUUUUACACCACAUCCCAGCCCAAUGCCUCCAUGCAUCAGUACCCGAUUCGUAAUAUGCACCGUGGCUCCCACUACGAUGACAUGCAAGACUAUGACUACGAUAACCAGAGAGCUAUGAGACGCUAUGAUAGUUUAGACUCCGCCACCAACGGUCGCAGUGAUCUCGAUUCGGCCUCCGGCUCGAGCAGGCGGACCAGCCGCCAGUACUCCUUAGACAGUAGGCGCUCGCUCUCUGAUAGUCCCACAGGGUCCAGUCGAUAUGCUUCGUCAGGCGAGCUGAGCCGUGGGAGCUCACAGCUCAGUGAGGAUGGCGAGAGCUUCCGUGGCUCUGGAGAGUUCUAUGAUGAGAAUGAUUCCUACCACUCAUGCCACUCCUCGGUCAGCUAUGGUAAAGAGUCACCUGGCUGGGACCAUGAUGAGCCCCAAGGAGUCUACAGUGACGAAGGUAGUUAUGUCAAAGAUGGCGGAGAGGAAGGCGCACUUUAUGAGGAUGAGGAUGGUGACUUGUAUGAGCGGCAGGAAGGGGAUUACCCCUACGAGGAGGAAGACGGAAUGGGCUUUGAGGAGGAUGAAGAGUUGUAUCCGCAGGACGGGACACUUAGUGAGGAGCAGGAGCCCCAAUAUACACCCACCCCAACCAAGGCAGCUCCCUUGUUAGCACGGGAGUCCUCCAGCUUCAGUCGGCCACCUCUGGAGAAGCAGACAUCACUUCACCAGCAUCAGCCCCCACAAGCUGAACUUCAUUUCCGGCCUACAGAUUCUCUCACAGAAGUUGUUCCAAAGCAGCAGAGCUUUGACGACUUGAGCAAACCUGUCAGCAAACCUGUCAGCAAACCCACAGCACCUGCCUCUGAUCUGGAGCCCAUUGGUCCAGGAGCACCAUCAUUUAAACCUGUAACAAAACCUUUUGGAAACACAGAUGAGCUGAAGAAACAGGUUGAGCCUCCAGUCACUGAGCACUCUUCUGCAGCUCUGCCAGAGAAACUGGAAGCACCACCAGAAAGUGUGGCAAAGCAUGAUGAGCCAGUGGAUCCUGCUGAACGUGCUAAGGCCAACUGGUUGCGACUCUUCAACAGGGUUCGAAUUCAGCUGCAAGAGGCCCGAGGCGAGACUCCUGGUCUGGCUUCAUUGUUUCUACAAGCAGGGCCUGGAGGAGCUCUGUACACCAUUGACAGCAUGCCAGACUUGCGCAAACGAAAGGCCAUUCCUUUGGUUCGAGAUUUGGCAAUGUCCCUUGUGCAGAAUUCUCGCAAAGCUGGAAUCACCUCAGCUAUGGCCUCCAGCACACUCAACAAUGAGGAGCUGAAGAGUCACGUGUAUAAGAAAACCCUCCAGGCUCUGAUCUACCCCAUUUCCUGCACUACGCCCCAUAACUUUGAGGUGUGGACGGCCACUACGCCAACUUAUUGCUAUGAGUGUGAGGGGCUGUUGUGGGGUAUUGCCCGACAGGGUAUGCGCUGUACUGAGUGUGGUGUCAAAUGCCAUGAGAAGUGCCAGGACCUGCUGAAUGCUGACUGUUUACAAAGAGCUGCAGAGAAAAGCUCUAAGCACGGUGCGGAAGAUCGUACUCAGAACAUCAUCAUGGUUCUAAAGGAUCGCAUGAAAAUACGCGAAAGAAACAAGCCAGAGAUCUUUGAGCUCAUUCAGGAUGUGUUUGGAGUCCCCAAAACCACUCAUGUCACCCAGAUGAAGCAGGUCAAGCAAAGUGUCUUGGAUGGAACAUCCAAGUGGUCAGCCAAGAUCAGCAUCACAGUUCUGUGUGCACAGGGACUGCAGGCCAAGGAUAAAACUGGCUCCAGCGAUCCUUAUGUAACAGUGCAAGUGGGCAAAACCAAGAAGAGGACCAAGACCAUCUAUGGCAACCUCAAUCCUGUCUGGGAUGAGUCCUUCAAUUUUGAGUGCCACAACUCUUCAGACCGGAUAAAGGUACGGGUGUGGGACGAAGACGACGACAUCAAAUCACGUGUUAAGCAGAAGUUUAAGCGAGAGUCAGAUGACUUCCUGGGGCAGACUAUCAUUGAGGUGCGGACACUAAGUGGAGAAAUGGAUGUGUGGUACAACCUCGACAAGCGUACAGACAAGUCUGCUGUGUCAGGAGCUAUCCGAAUGCACAUCAGUGUGGAGAUCAAGGGAGAGGAAACAGUGGCCCCUUAUCAUGUCCAGUACACCUGCCUACAUGAGAAUCUCUUCCACUAUGUGACGGAUCUUCAGAACAACGGUGUGGUAAAGAUCCCAGAUGCUAAAGGCGAUGAUGCCUGGAAGGUCUAUUUUGAAGAGACACCUCAGGAGAUUGUGGAUGAGUUUGCUAUGCGUUAUGGAGUGGAAUCUAUAUACCAAGCCAUGACACACUUUGCCUGUCUAUCAUCUAAGUACAUGUGCCCAGGAGUGCCAGCAGUGAUGAGCACUUUGCUGGCUAACAUCAAUGCGUACUAUGCCCACACCACACAGGCAACCAAUAAUGUCUCUGCUUCCGACCGUUUCGCCGCAUCCAACUUUGGGAAAGAGCGCUUUGUAAAACUCCUGGACCAACUACACAACUCUCUGAGGAUUGACCUCUCUAUGUACAGGAAUAAUUUCCCAGCCAGUAGUCCUGAGAGGCUACAGGAUCUCAAAUCCACAGUGGACUUACUCACUAGUAUCACUUUCUUCAGAAUGAAGGUCCAAGAGUUACAGAGUCCUCCUCGUGCCAGUCAGGUUGUGAAAGACUGUGUGAAGGCCUGUCUGAACUCCACAUAUGAAUACAUCUUCAACAACUGCCAUGAGCUGUAUAGCCGUGAAUACCAGACUGACCCAUCAAAGAAAGGGGAGGUUCCUCCUGAAGAACAGGGUCCAAGUAUCAAGAAUCUUGACUUCUGGUCCAAACUGAUCACUCUAAUUGUGUCUAUCAUUGAGGAAGACAAGAACUCCUACACUCCUUGCCUUAACCAGUUUCCACAGGAACUGAAUGUAGGGAAGAUAAGUGCAGAGGUUAUGUGGAAUCUGUUCGCCCAGGAUAUGAAGUAUGCAAUGGAGGAGCAUGAAAAGAACCGCCUGUGUAAGAGUGCUGAUUACAUGAAUCUGCACUUCAAAGUGAAAUGGCUUUACAAUGAGUACUGCAAAGAUCUGCCUUUCUUCAAGAGCAGAGUACCGGAGUACCCAGCGUGGUUUGAACCUUUUGUAAUCCAGUGGCUGGAUGAGAAUGAGGAGGUUUCUCGAGACUUUCUGCAUGGAGCUCUGGAAAGGGACAAAAAAGAUGGAUAUCAGCAGACAUCAGAACAUGCUCUCUUCUCCUGCUCAGUGGUGGAUGUCUUUUCCCAACUCAACCAGAGCUUUGAAAUUAUUAAAAAGUUGGAGUGCCCCGACCCACAGAUCGUGGGCCAUUACAUGAAGCGAUUUGCCAAGACUAUAAGCAAUGUCCUGCUGUCCUAUGCCAGCAUAAUUUCCAGAGAUUUUCCAAACCACUGUACCCAGGAGAAAGUGAAUGCAAAAGAUGGUGCUGUAAAGCCCUGUAUUCUGAUUAACAACAUUCAGCAACUCCGGGUACAACUGGAGAAGAUGUUUGAGGCAAUGGGAGGCAAGGAUCUGAAUGUUGAGGCUAGCGACAUUUUAAAGGAGCUGCAGGUAAAACUGAACAAUGUUCUGGAUGACCUGGCCAGGAUCUUUGCCACCAGUUUCCAGCCCAACAUUGAGGAGAAUGUGAAGCAGAUGGGAGAUAUUCUGAGCCAAGUGAAAGGCACAGGCAAUGUGCCAGCUAGUGCCUGCAGCAGCGUGGCUCAGGAUGCAGACAACGUACUGCAACCUAUCAUGGACUUCCUGGACAGCAACUUGUCACUGUUUGCUAAGAUAUGUGAGAAGACAGUUCUGAAGCGAGUGCUAAAAGAACUCUGGAAACUUGUCAUGAAUACUAUGGAGAAGACCAUUGUUCUGCCUCCUCUAACUGAUCAAACGGGCAGGGUGAAGCUUGCUUGUCACAGUGAUGGUACACAGCUCAUUUUCAAUGCUGCUAAAGAACUUGGCCAGCUUUCCAAGCUUAAGGAGCACAUGGUGCGUGAAGAGGCAAAGGCUUUAUCACCCAAGCAAUGUGCAGUUAUUGAGUUGGCCCUGGAUACCAUCAAGCAAUAUUUCCAUGCUGGAGGAGUGGGCUUAAAGAAGACUUUUCUGGAGAAGAGUCCUGACCUGCAGUCUCUCCAUUAUGCCCUGUCUCUCUACACACAAGCUACAGACAAGCUCAUCAAGACCUUUGUCCAGUCACAGAACGCCCAGGUUCAUGGAGGGAAGGGGAUAAGGUUCACCCAUAGCGAGGAUGUGUACCCCGAAAAGGGCUCUGGGGUGGAUGACGCUGUGGGAGAGGUGUCUAUUCAUGUGGAGAUCUUCACUCAUCCCAACACAGGCGAACACAAGGUCACAGUAAAAGUGGUUGCUGCAAACGACCUGAGGUGGCAGACGUCUGGAAUAUUCCGACCAUUCGUGGAGGUCUACAUCAUUGGCCCCCACCUUAGUGAUAAGAAAAGGAAGUAUGCCACUAAAUCUAAGAACAACAGUUGGGCUCCCAAAUACAAUGAAACAUUCACAUUCACGCUGAGUAAUGAGGUGGGACCAGAGUGUUAUGAGCUGCAGGUGUGUGUGAAGGAUUACUGCUUUGCGCGUGAGGACCGCACUGUGGGCAUGGCCGUGCUGCAGCUGAAGGAUGUGGCACCACGGGGUAGUGUGGCAUGCUGGCUCCCUCUCUCCAAACGCAUCCACAUGGACGAAACGGGCCUGACUGUGUUGCGCAUUCUCUCACAGCGCAACAAUGAUGACGUGGCCAAGGAGUUUGUCAAGCUCAAGUCAGACCAGCGCUCAGCUGAGGAGGGCAGAGGGAGCUAAAGGUAUUAAUGAAGAAAUUGCAGAUUUACAAAAUGACUGCCCACCUCCUUUUUCUGUUGAGUGUUGCACUAAAACAGACAGCUAACACAAACACACACUCUCUGCAGAUUAUACUGGACCAGUCGCACAUGAUAGUGAUGCCUAAGACACUGCCAUAACCUGCUAUGAGGCUUGUCUGACAAGCAAAUUGCAGUACAUAAAAAGAUACAGGUAUAAAACCUUGUAUCUCUAUAAUAGUUCAUCUUUGUGGUGUCCUUGAUUUUCAAAAGUACAUAUUAUAUGACAAAACCUCAUGGUUAAAAGAUAUUAAAAGAACAUAUUUAUCUAGUUAUUCAUACAUAAAUAUAUAAAAAUUGCAAAUAUUCUUUCAAUAAUAUAUAUGAUAAUAUUGUCUGCCAUCAUAUUGAAAGAUGUUUAAAUGGAUCCUUUUUUGGGAAAAGGUACAGAGCAGAAAUAUACCUGAGUGAAAGCAGGGUUGCUAUAUGUAGUGCCAUUGAUGCCUCCCAGAGCCCUAAUACCCCAACUCCCUUGUUUAAUAUCUGAUAAUGAUGUCUGUGGAAAUCUUGUCUCUAACUGCCUUGUUCAUUUUACAAUCAUUCCUGCACCUCCACAUGGGUGUCUCAGUGUCAGGGUUUUUCUCUUUUGUUCUCAGUGAAAUGUCUUUUUCCACUACUUCUGAAAGGCACACUGUUUAAUGGGGCCAAUGUUUUUUAAAAUUAUGCAAACUUUUAGAUCAAGCACAAGAACAUUAUUAUACAGUGAAACCAUUGCUUGUGGUGCAAGUAGCUGGGACCAAAUACAUUUCACAAAGCAAUUGACCAAUAUUACUUUGAUAAUUCUUUACAUCCCACUGGGAAUGAUGUGAAUCAGGAGAAAGCAAUGUAUUGGCGGCUGACAUCAAUUUAAGCAUUUGUUGUGCUAAUGUAGGCAAACAUUAACUGAAGACCUUGGAAGCUAAUGUUGAGAAGGUUUCACAAAAUGCCACUACUGCUACUAUUAGCCCUUAAUCAUUUGAUUUACUGUUAUCAAUGUUGGCAUGUUUGGGUGAAGUAUUUCUUUAAACCCAGUGCCAUUCCUCCCUUAUGUCCAGUUUUUGGAGUUUUGUAUCAGUUUCUUUGUGUGUGAGCAUGUGUGCCUUGCAUGUGUGGUGUAUAAAGUGAGUGCAUGACUGAGACUUUAUAAAUAAAGAAGGCAGUGUGGGGUGUGGUUCAGGUGCAAAUAUAGUGAACGUCAAAUUUGAGAAGUGACUAAGUGACUCAUUUGCAUUGUUUACUUUUAUAAAGUAGCAUCUGUUUUUACAUAAUUUCCCUACCAGGAGACACAUCAGCAAAAGAAAUUAUCUUCAGUUCAGAAUAAUUCCACUGCUGUUGCCAUAGCAACCCCCAUGAUCUUGCCACCCAUCUAUGGGUUACAAAAGCACAAAGUGUAUGUAGACUCUGUGCUUGUUUAACCAGAUAAAUACAUAUCUGCAUUGAUCAUACCCCUUUAUUUCCAGAUAUUUAGAAGUCAGUACUGGGAAUGUAGCUAUAUCAGCCCUUAGUGUUCUGAAGUGUUUCACAGUGGAGGUCAGAGAUAAUGACUGAUUAAAGCUUGGGAGGACUGUGUGGUUUAUCUUCAGGACGAACGAGAUCUGUUGAGUGCUGCUAGAGCUUCAAAUUUAGGCAACCAACAUUAAAACAUCUCACUUAUUUGCAUUCCCUAGAUAUCAAACACAAGGAACAUUAGCUAUGUCGGAAAUCGCAUAGUUUUAUCGCGAGCUAGCUCACAGUGAAAAAAUCACCAAAAUAACUUUAAUGAUAUACUUUAAUCGUUUACUAAAACUAACAAAAAUUGUUUUGACAUAACUUUUUUGCGGUGUUCACAGCCUAUUGUAUGUUAAAAAGGGAGGCACCUUAUGCUGCAAUUUAUAUUUUAAUGAAAGGCUGAUACACAAUGAGAACGCUGCUUUAUAUCAAUGAGUUUAAAUAUUGACCUGAAUAACUUUACAGUCAUUAAGUCGCAUUUCUGAUAUCCUAAAAAAUUAAGUAUUACAUACGGCGGUAACUGGUGCACAGUAUAUAUCCUACAGUGCAUAGAAUGCUAUUUGAGACACAGCUAUAUAGCAGGAAAGAAAACAGUUCACUCAGUGGCAAUUUUGGCAAUGCCUUUGGGUAUUAACAUAUAAUUAAAUGUUGAGAGACAUAUAAACCCCUAACUGAAAGCCAAACAGAUAUUUUAAUUAAGUAUUUAAAAUAUUUGUUCAAAUCUGACCCAAAAGGCAGAUUAACUCAAAAUGGCAAGACUUUGUAGUUCACUCUACAUGUAGGUGGAGGCCAUUCAAGAUUCAAGCUUGCUGGUCCCUCCGAUCUUUAUCUAUUCGGUUUUUAUUUCUAUCACAGCUUACAAAAAUGUAUCAUGUUAGGCAUCUAAGCAAAGCAAAUAAUGUAUUAGAUCAUUUCAUAGGAAGCCUACUGGCUUUAGAUAGACUAGGAUAUUAAAUUAAGAGCUCUGUAGCUAAACCACAUCAUAUCUAGUUGAAAAGAUAAGAGAUGUGAAGUCUGACCUAAAACACCAAGAUCACCAGUAUCUGUGCUAGCAUCAGUGUAAGAAUGUGAGAAAUCUGACUUAUUUCCAGCUGUGGCUUUAAUUAUUCAUUGAGACGUCCCCUAAUUCGAUGUGGAUUGUUUUGAACAGCGAGAUGUUGCCUCGCUUUAAAAUGUGUCUGGGGGAAAGUUCUAGAAAGUGCACUACCAAUCAAAGAACCAUUUGGAGAUCUGGUAAAUUUAUAAAUUAGUUAUUUUAAACCAAUUCCUCAAAUUACUGAUACAACUAACAUUUUUUUAAAAUGUCAAAUCACUAGGUGUAGACUUAGGUUUAAGUAAUAAUUAUUGUUUACAUUGUGGAUUAUUAAUACCAACAAUGAUGUCAUGGUUUAUUGAUCUUAAUUAUGUUACAAUAAGUAUACAGUAAGUUUUUUACAAUUUUAUUUCUGAUUCUUUUGAAUCGAGACUGUUUUACGAGGGAAACAUUUGCAGAAUGCAGGACAAAUGAAUGCUGCACAGAUGUGAGAGAAUGUGAAGCUGUGUGAGACGCCAAAGUGACUGUCAAUAAGAACUAGAAGCAUAAACAAGUGAGAGCAUGUAAACAAAGCACACAGAGAUCACGCUUUCAUGCUUUCUCACAAACUCACUCACUCACACACACACACUCACACACUCACACGCACACACAUGCACACACACACACACACACACACACACACACACACACACACACACACA